AUGGAGUUGCGUCAGUACAGCAAACCUUGGCUUGUGUUUCCAGUGGUUUGGUGGAAUGGGGAGGGGGGGGGGUGGAGUGUAGGGCAGAAUGAGAAACAACGAGGUGGAAGGGCUGUCUCAUCCAGUGUCAGGGAUGUGACAGAGAUUGACCACUACGGGGUCCUGGGUGUUUUCCUGCUGGCUUGCCCAUUUGUAACUUAUCCAUGCCAACCAUCACCAUGUCAGAAUGGGGGAACUUGUUUCCAAGGCAGCACAUCAGGCGGGUUCUUCUGUAUGUGUUCAACAGGCUUCACAGGAACUCAAUGUCAAAACACAUCAGACAUUGAUGACUGCAUACUCAAUCCUUGUUUGAAUGGAGGAACUUGUAAGGAUGGUCUUGAUAGAUUCACUUGUACAUGUGCUACUGGAUAUACUGGAGGUGACUGUGACACAAAUAUUGCUGACUGCAUACCCAACGCUUGUUUGAAUGGAGGAACUUGUGUGGAUGGUCUUGAUAGCUUCGCAUGUACAUGUGCUGCUGGAUAUACCGGAGACGACUGUGGCACAACUGCUUCGGUAAAUGGAGAUGCCAACACCAUUCUGGUAGUUGUUAUAGGCGUGUUAAGUACACUACUGGUUGUUAUUGUUGCUUCAGUCAUUGUUUAUGCGGUGUGGAGAAGAGUCAAACGAAGAAGACGCAAUAUGGAUGAGGCUGUUCAACCUCCUGCUGAUGUAAUGGAACUCGCAGGUGUUGAUGUCUGGAUGCGACCAGUGGGUGUUGAUUCCCCGGUAUAUGAAGUUAUGGGCCACCCCAAUUGGGCUGCCAAGUGGGAGAUACUGUGGAGCAAUCUCGUUGUUGGGGAACAGGUACUCGGCAGAGGCAACUUUGGAGAAGUCAAGAAAGGAACUUUGAAAAUAGGUGGGAAGAAAACCCCAUCUGCAAUCAAGAUGCUCAAAGGCCAGGCAUCAGACAGGGACCAGAAGGACUUUAUGGAUGAAUUGCGCACCAUGUCAAUCAUUGGCUACCACCAGAAUGUUGUGUCAUUGCUAGGUGCUUGCCAGCAUCAGGAUGUUCUGUAUGUUGCUUUGGAGUUUCUACCCAAUGGUGACCUUCAUAGCUACCUCACGAGAUUUGUAUACUCCAACACAGCGGACAUUUUGACUUCAAAACAACUUUUGAAGUUUGCUCUUGACGUUGCCAGGGGAAUGAAGCAUCUUUCCAAUUUAGGGGUGGUACACAGAGAUCUAGCUGCCAGAAAUAUCCACCUUGGAGAGGAUUUAAUUGCCAAAGUGUCUGGCUUUGGACUCUCCAGAGGAGAGGAUAUCUAUGUGCAAACAUCCACAAGACGUGUUCCCACUCGCUGGCUUGCAAUUGAAUCUUUAAUGCACAAGACAUACACCACCCAGAGUGAUGUGUGGUCGUUCGGAAUUGUUCUCUGGGAGAUAGCAACACUUGGAGGUAGACCUUAUCCUGACAUCCCAAAUGCAAGAACAUUGACGAGUAAGCUCAGAGAAGGAUAUCGCAUGCCCAAACCAGGCAACUGUCAUCAAGACAUUUAUGGCUUGAUGUGCCUGUGCUGGGAUGAAGAUCCAAACAAAAGACCUACCUUCACUCACUUGGUUUCCAGCCUGAGUCAGAUGGAUGCCAACAAAUUAAGCCACACUUAUAUGGAGGUGGAUAGAGCCCAUUACGAGACAGUCAUUCGACGUGAAAUUGACGAAAACUGAGCUACUUCUUCUCAGCCACCCCAUUAAAGGACGGGAUACUUCCAGCCAGACUUUACAAUUGUGUAUACCUUGCUAAACUUAUGUUCAAGAUUUUAAUCAAUAAUGACCAUGGUGAAGAACAUAAUGAACGGUUUGGUUUGGUAGAGUUUAACUUAAAAUUUUGUUCCUCUUUAUUGACUUUUUUUUCAUCUUGCAAUCCUUCUGUUUUCUUCAGCACUUCCAUUUUUGAUCAAUACUAUUGUAUGUGUGUGGUCAGAACCAUACAUCUGCUUGUCACCACCGCCACCAAACCGCCACCAUUGUCAUCAUCAUCACUUCAUUAAAGCCAUGGCACAAAUUCAAGGCUUUGUUGGGUAAAAUCUCUAUACAGUUGCGAAAUUCAGUUUCAUAUUACAUCAAAUCCUUAUACCUCUUUACCUGCCUUCCUUAUUUUACACCUGAUCUGUAGCCGAUUUUGUGCAUGUAAAAACUAGUAAUAAUUCUUUUGAUAAGGUGUAUUGCUGAUGUAAUCUUUAAUCAUGUAUAAAGCAAUAAGGUGGUUUAUUAAGAAAAUUACUCUAUAAUCUUGUAUUUCGCAGAGGACACAACUAUAAUUUUCUAGGUUUGGUUUACAUGUACUUAUCUAUAUAUGAGUAUAGUUUGGGUAUUCUUUUCUAGAAAACUCAAUAGCAUGCAGCAGCAUCUAUAUAUACCAUUGAUUAUACAAUGUACAUGGAAUUUGCAACAUGUCACAUGUUCUUGGUUUGAACUUGUUCAUUAUUUAAAUGUAACUCUACAAAAUUAGUAUAUAAUAUUCAAAAAAAGGGGAACCAGACCAGACCACAGAGUUUACCCAUUUGACAAUGUUGUUCCCACCCAGUCUGAGACUUAAGAAAGCAAAACAGGUUUGUGCAGUACGACUAGUUCACAGACUCACAUUGGGAUGAAGAAAUCGUAAGACCUACUGGAUUUAUCAUCACUAUCCAGAAACUAUUUAGCAUUUCGAGGUAGCUUUCACGGCUCACAGGCCUCGAUUCUAUCCAAUUACUUGUUACCCGACCUACAUACCAAGGGUGCGUGCGUUAACCCACUCAUUUCAAAAGUGAAGAAACCUUGAAUACAGAUUUUAAAAAGAAAAUACUGCUAUUGCUAAAGCGAGCUGAACGUAACAAUUACACAAUGGCCCGUCGUUCAGCCCCGCGUUUGGCCAGUGAGUGCACUCAGCAAUGAAUGUUUUGCCUUGGGCUAGAAAUCGCUCUUCUUUCCAAAUCGAUUCUAUCCAACUACUUGUUACCCGACCUACAUACCAAGGGUGCGUGCGCUAACCCACUCAUUUCAAAAGUGAAGACACCUACAAUUACCUUUUUUUGUUGGUAUCAAAAGCCAAUAACAGCUUUGAUCCAACCGACCCUGACUUUUCAAGUUAUGGGGCCCAAAUGGGUUGGCCAGUAGGGGGAUUUAGACGGGCUUGCCAAAAGGGUAUCAAAUGGGAAAACCCCGGGCAAGCUCUUGCGGGCAGAAUAAUGCCUUGCCCAUGAAGGUAUGAAGGUAAAUUAUACAUACAUUCGUAUGUAUAAAAUGCUAUGUUGAUACUUAUUACCCUUGGCUAACCACUUUGCAUACCAUACGUACUUAAGAUUCACUUCCCAAUCUUACCGUGAUAUAAUAUUUUGUAAACACGUAUUAUGAUGAUUUAAGAAUGUAUACAUUUGUCUAUACGGGGUGAAUGUCUUUUAAGAACAAUGUCUGUAAGACGCGAGCUGAAAUCCUGGCACAUGCUCAGGGAAAAACCCGAAUAUAAGCCCUCUAUUCGGGUUUUCACUUAAAAGAGGGUUUUACGGCAUGUUUUAUUAAGUUAUGGUCUCUACAAAAUCGCACCGAUUUUUAGAAAUGCAGAAUCAGUUAACCAUCCGACGGAAACAUAAACUUACCGACCAUGAGGAGUAAGCAAUUAUGGAUAACAUGCUCCUUGCAAUAUUCUGUUUCAGUCUGUGUCAUGUCCUUAGAAAACAAGAGUUUUUACUAAUGGAAAUCGUGUCAUGCGAUUGUCUUCCAUCUGUUAAUUUCGUUAAUUUAUCCGGCAUAAUAUCACUUUAACUUUUGAAAUUCAUUGUGUUACUCGGAGUAAUUGAUGCAUAUAGGCACUAAUGUUUUUGAAUACGGCAUGUGAAAUAUAUUUU